AAACACAUUCGCCCAUCGCGUGCAUGCACAUGUUGUACUCUACUCUGACUACACUGAUAGCUGAAAGCUUCAAAACAUGGACUCGAAUGCGAUUUUUUCGGACCUUGAUGCUGGAGAUAUAGGGGAAGAAGAAGAAGCUGUUGUCACAAGAAAAGUAGAAUUAGAAAUAGAAGAGGAGGAGGAGGUGGAAAGGGAGGUCAAAGCACCUGAAAUCAAGAAGGUUAUCUCACCUACUGCUAAACCAGUAUCAGAUGUCGAGAAAAAGGCUUUACGAGCUCAGAAGUUUGGAGUUGCAGCUUCACUAUCAGAUGCAGACAAGAAGAAAGCAAGAGCAGAAAGAUUUGGAAUGCCAGCACCGGGAUCACAAGCCAAGCCAACAGCCACAGUAACACCAACUUCAAAAGGGAUAUCAAUGUCUGUAAAUUCUGAUAAACUGAAACAGAGAGCAGAGCGCUUUGGAAAAUCAGUGUCUCCAACAGCAGUAAAGACAGAGGAAUCAGAGAGGAUACGGAAAAGAAAAGAAAGAUUUGGAGCAGUGACCAUCUCGGCACCAGGUUCAAAAGCAAAGACAAGUGCUGUUGGGAGUGAUGAUGUAGAGGCCAAGAAACUGAAGAGAGCAGAGAGGUUUGGGAUGGCAUAACAGAACUGCGUCAAGUAUUCAGCAUUCUUUGUUACCAUGUUCCUUUCAACGUGUCCUAUCGUUUGUACAGCAUCGUGUAGAUCUUUCUUCCACCUCCUUUGUCCCUUGGCGAAACCAACAUACCGAUUCAGAACCAAGAGAUCUUUGGGCUCGGGUCAUAAUGGUCUGUAGUUGGUCUCAUGUCAAUCCUGCCAUUGCAGUAAAGGUAUUUAUGUGGAAUUCUACAUGAAAACUUCUGUACCACUCUGAUAGUGCUGCCGAUGGAAAGAGCAUUGGUAUUUUUGAAACUCAUUACAGCAUGAGUUCCUCGAAAGCAGAGUGCAGCUGACGUUAAAGGUGACAAUACCUGGGUUGACACGCUGACUUAAUGCAAGGUGCGAAUGGUCAAAGGCAGCCAUGAGGAUCUGAAAUGUUUCAUCUGUACAUACAAUUAGCUAAUUUGCCUAUUUCCUGUUUUGAUGAAACGAUUGGCCUAGAUGAAUUUUUUUUGUAGACAUCUCUUAAAAGGUGCCACCCCCCCUUAAAGCUAUGGUUUAACUAUGGAAAGCCAAUUGCAUCUCAAACACUAGGGGGUCAAUUUAUCAAGUUAGUAGACAUUCAAAUCAUUCAUAAUUGUCGGGGAUAAGUAUAAAUGUUUCUUCACCAUUAAGGCAUGAGGAAAGAACACGGUAAACAUAUGAAACAUGCAAUGUAAAUGCAGUGUUGAUGUAUUAAGCACCCCAUAAUUUCAUCACAGAGUAAGACCACUCUGGGGAGUUUUUUAUGAAGCAUAUUAUCACUGAUCUUCAUUGAAUUUGACUUUUUUUUUUUCUUAGCCAAUUAGAUGCAAGGAUUUCAGUAGCUUAUAACAAAAGUCACUGAAAAUCACGAUGAUGUGUUUCAUGAAAUGCUCUCCAGGGGGAUGUUUCACAAAGAUUUAAGUAUGACUUAAGUCACACUUAAUGUCGACGCGUAUCUGAAAUGUAACACGCAAUCUAAUUGAUCAAUACGCAGUAGUGUGCAUCCUCUUCGCAUGAUCUGACCAAUGCGGUCUUGCCUUUUAAAACGCACGCAAUUAGGCAUUUAAGUGUGACUCUAAGUCAUAAUUAAAUCUUUGUGAAACAUCCCCCAGAACACAGGCCAUGGUACUCUAUUAUCAGUGCAGUCCAAUUGACAGAAAGGUAGUGCCAUGUAACAGACACAUCUGUGGCCUGAAACACAAAGCUUAGCAAUCAAUCGUAGGACAAUUUUCUAUGAUUGAUUGCAUUGAUUACAAUGUACAGUCAAUCAUAAAAAUCAAUUGUACGAUUAAUCACUUACCUUUGUGCUAUUGGACCCUGAUGAUUUCAAUUGAUCAUUACUUACACAGCAGUCAAAUAAUUCUUGUUGCAUUUAUUAGAAACAUUUAACAUCAAGUUACAUCCUGCAUUUAAAAAAAAACUGAAGAAAUGCACUUGUGUCCUGUCAGUUACAUCACACAAAGUGUUUUUUUUUCUUUCUAACCAUCCAAUAGAAUUUUGUAGAGUCAUUGGCCCGUAUUCUGAUCGCAGGUUUAACUUAAACUCAGGUUUAAAGUUGUGGUUUAAGUAUGGAUAGCCAAUUGUUACAUAAAUCACUAACGGUAGAGAUAUCAUACUUCAGCUCAUUUGGCUCUCAAAUCAUUCAUAAUUGUCUAGGAAGUAUAGAUGAUUGUCUUCACCAUCGAUGAAUCAAGAAAGAGCACAGUAAACAUAAGAAACAUACAACUCCAUAAAAAUGUUGAUACUUAUGGCUUCCCAUACUUAAAACCUGAGUUUUAGUUAAACCCGACUUCAGAAUACGGGCCAUAUAAAUAGUAAGUGAAUGUUUAAUGUGCUUGAUAAGCUUGGAAAGAACUGUUUGAACACUGUGCUUCUUACAGUAUGAUGGUUCAAGACUGUCAAAUGACAUACCCACAAGCUGGAAUUGUCUAGCACUAAACAGUUGCUUCGGGGAAACAAUAUUAUUUCCAUUCUAGUUCACUUCCUUUACUUCAAAAAAGUGUUUAUUUCAGUGUUGUCUGUUUCCUAAAGGAAAGCUCAUCCAAUUUGGAUGAUUGACUUGUAAUAGAACACCUGUUAGGGGAAUUAGAUUCUUUUUAGAUUUUAUUGUAACACAGAAGAUAUGAAAAAGAAGCAGAGCUUAUUGAUGUCCUUUUCCUUCGUGAGUGGUGCUGUAUCAGGUUCUGAUUACAUUAUACCCUAUGUAAAUUACCUAGUAUGAUUUCACUUGGUUGUAUGGGAGCUCUAUUCUCUCAAAUUAUAGAAUUUAGUGUGUAUUUGGUCGUCUCGAUAAGAGGCCUGUUUCAUAAAGAGUUGCAGCUAUUGUAACUUUGCCAUUAUGGUAAAUACAAGGGGCGGAUCCAGGAUUUUCCAAGGGGGGGGGGGCAUUUGACAAGCACGGGACAGCUUUUGCCCCCCCCCCCCUCCUGGAUCCUGCAGUGGUAAAUACCAUGGUAGCAGGGCUCAGCAGCCAAUCACAAUCAAGGUUGCGAUGGAAGUUAAUAAUAAUGGCAAAUUGACAAUAAUUGUACGUCUUUCCGAAACUGCCCCAAGAACUCCAUGUAGAGAAAAGUAGUUAACAGCAGCUUAAGCUAAAACCAUGGUAAUGAUACUGCACCUUGUGAAAUAUUAUUUCUAGAUAGACUGCACUAUAUACACGCCUUUUAUGAUUUUUAUCAUUAUUUCAGUAACAUAUUCCAUUUCUCUUUACUGUCUCUGACCUAUAAUUCUCACCAUUUUUUAUUGAGGUUUUAUCACGAAUUGAAGGAUGCAACAUCACUUUCAGUCAUCAGAUUAAGCAAGAACUAAAAUGGUUUUAAAGUAGAAGCUGCAAUUUAUUUAGUGCUAUCAGUUUCAGUAUGUAUUUGUGAAUAUUUGUGUAAAUUCAUAGACGAAAAAACAUGUAUUUAGAAAGUCCCAUCCUUUUAUCAACUUGUUUAUGAGGAAAAACAAACCCAGAAAAUUGGAGAAAAUAAGAGUAAGUUAAUGUAGAUAUGGAUUUUCCUUAUUUUGUUACAUCACAUGCAAGCAGAUUGAUUACUUUUCAUUACAGUAUAUACAUGUAAUAAUGAAUAUAUUCUAGAAAGUGCCAUUUUCUGAGAAAAUUGAAAUUGAAUUUUAAUGUGCAUCCAUGACAUAAUCAUGCACAUUAUUAUGUGCAGAGAUGCUUCUUUCCAAAUGUACAUAUUUAAUCAUUAUGAACCAUUAAAAUUCAAUUUAUAUUGCAUGACAUGUCAGGGAAGAUGCAAGCAAUUAAUGCCACAAAGUCAGAAAUUUGAAUAUUUGUCAUUCUGUUACUCUUUAAAAUCCAAACCGGGCAUGGUGGCUCAGUGGUAGAGCGUCCGCCUCAUGAACGGGAGGUCGUGGGUUCGAUCCCCUGCCGAGUCAUACCAAAGAUUUAUAAAAAUGGGACCUUCUGCCCUCUUGCUUGGCGCUCAGCAUUUAGACUGGAGAAGGGUAAUAAUAACAUAUCAUGUUAUGCAGGGCCCGCUGGAAGAGCAGUCUUAUGUUUGAAGUGGCUACCCUGGGUAAAUAAAACAUUAUUAUUAUUAUAAAUCGAUCUUUAGACUUAUAAGCAUGAGAACUUUUUUAUCCAUAAAUUUGAAAACAUGUGAUUAUGUUCUUUUUUUCUUUUCUAUUUUUAAAUUCCAUGUUAUAACACAAAAACACCCCCUCUUCUGCACAUGUGCUUAAGUGGUGUAUGUUUGUUUGCUUUCUUAAUUUGUUUUUCUUUAAGAUUAUAUUGCUUGUGAGUCAUAAGUCAUAACAUAGUAAUAGUGGGUAAUGUCUUCUAUUUUAUACGCAAGGUCUUUGUUCAUCCAUACACAUUCUGUUAAUCAUGCAGUUUAUCUUGCAAAGAGAUCUCUCCUCAGCAUGUUGUGAUGAUUGGAAUUUGUGUUUGCAUAGAUUUUAGGUUUAAUUUGACAUGUCUAUCUCGCCCCCACAAAAGGUGUUCACAUUUUUGUUAAAGAAGUGUUGCAUAGUGGUCUGGAAAUAUCUUCUUUUUUUAAACAUUCCCCCGAUGAAACAUAAAAAACAGUAUUGAAGUGCAAGUAGACUUUAUCUGUAAAAAGUUAGAUAUUAAAUUUGCACACUUGCUCCUUCUUGUAAAUACAUUUUUCACAUAUUCUACUUUGUAUUUAUGUUUAGAAUGUGACCCAUUUCUCCCCUCGCAUUUGUGUGAUGUACAAACCAAUUGUAAUAUCUGGCAAUUUUGAACCAUUUUUAGGUAUGUUUGUUAUUGCAACGAGUCGCAUAAACUUGGUAGAGUAUGUUUAAGGUGUUAUUCUAAGGGAAAAGUGAUCAAGUAAAGCAAUAAUUGACUUUUAAAAACCAA